AUGACAAAGGAAUUGAUGGAAUGGCUAGAAGAAUGGCCUACAGUACGUGAACUAGUUGAUGAAUUAGUGCUGAGUCUCAAGCGCAGACAAUUACGGGGGUCGUAUGAAACUGCCAAAAUGACUACGAACGUACUGCGUAAAGUGCUCGAGACGGUCGAAUGGUCCACAGCUGGAGAAAUUCUGGAAAAGAUUCGUCAAUUAGGACACAUGCUUACAAAGGCUCAUGCUCAUGAAUUAACAAUUGGCAACGUCGUACGUCGUGUGCUUUACAUCAUUCGUGAAGAGCACUCGAAUGCAUUGAAAUUAUCGUCAAUGGAUACGACGGCGCCCGUCUCAGUUUGUUCUUCUACUUCUUCUACAAGUCGCAAUAUGAAUUUGUCACGGUCGUUGGGGACGAUCUUAACACCAGGAACAGACACGGAUCUAUCGAUCCCUAUUGCCGAUUUGAAACUGUCGGUGAUGGAAGGCAUUGCAGAACUUGUGGAUGAGAUUGAUAGUUUACAUGUAAAUAUUGCUGAUCAAGCUAUGGAGUAUAUUCAUACCGAUGAAGUGAUCUUGACGUUUGGACUGUCAUUGUCAGUUGAAGCUUUUUUGAAGACGGCUGCUAAGAAGCGCUCGUUCAAGGUGAUUGUAGUCGAGUCUGCACCGUCGUUAAAUGGCCAACGGACGGCUCAUGCUCUGGCAGAGAGCGGCAUUGAUGUUACAGUGAUCCCAGACAGUGCUGUGUUUGCUUUGAUGGCACGUGUGAACAAGGUGGUGGUUCCUGCUGCUGCAGUUGUUGCCAACGGUGGCCUUAUUGCUCAGUCUGGACUGCAGAAUAUCGCUCUUGCUGCCAAGAAAUGCUCGGUGCCUGUGGUGUGCGUCGCGGGUCUGAUUAAGCUGUCUCCGUUGUACGCCCACGACCUAGAUGUUCUCAGCGAGCUUCUGGCUCCGUCUAGCAUCUACAACUAUGAAGACACCGUUGACAAUUUGGAGGUGCUUAACCCGGCGUACGACUACGUCCCGCCCGAGUGUGUGAGGAUUUUCAUAACCAACACUGGGGCUCACCAGCCAUCGUACAUCUAUCGUCUGCUCGCCGAGUACUACUCCCCGCAGGACUAUCAGCUCAGCUAG